CGCAUGCGCGGCGCGAGCGGCGGGCGGGCGGGCGGCGGUUGGUGGCGCUGAUCUCGGCCGAACUUUCCAUUCCUCGGGAAGCCGCAGAGGCCGCGACCGGGAAGCAGAACAUGCCUCCCAAAAAGUCAGAUUCUGGACCCAAAACACCAACAAUUAUUGGACGAUUUGGAACCACAUUGAAGAUCGGGAUUGUUGGAUUGCCAAACGUAGGGAAGUCUACUUUUUUUAAUGUUCUAACAAAGAGCCAGGCAACGGCAGAGAACUUCCCUUUCUGUACUAUUGAUCCCAAUGAGAGCAGAGUACCGGUUCCAGACCAGAGAUAUGAUUUCCUUUGCAAGUACCACAAACCUGCUAGCAAAGUGCCCGCAUUUCUUAAUGUGGUCGACAUAGCAGGACUUGUGAAGGGUGCCCAUGCUGGUCAAGGUCUGGGAAAUGCCUUCUUGUCCCACAUCAGUGCCUGUGAUGCAUUAUUUCAUCUCACAAGAGCUUUUGAGGAUGAUGACAUCGUUCACAUCGAAGGAAAUGUAGAUCCUGUUCGGGACAUUGAAAUCAUUCAUGAAGAACUGAGACUAAAGGAUGAAGAGCUAAUUAUGCCUAUUAUAGACAAGCUAGAGAAAGUGUCAGUAAGAGGAGGUGACAAAAAAUUAAAACCCGAAUAUGACAUAAUCCUCAAAGUCAAGAACUGGUUAAAGGAUGAAAAGAAAGGUGUACGCUUCUAUAAAGACUGGAAUGACAAAGAGAUUGAUGUGUUGAAUAAACACUUGUUCUUGACUUCAAAACCAAUGUUGUAUUUGGUUAACCUGUCUGAGAAAGAUUACAUUAGAAGGAAGAAUAAAUGGUUGAUAAAAAUUAAAGAGUGGGUGGACAAGAAUGACCCAGGAGCAGUGGUCAUACCUUUCAGUGGGACAAUGGAACUCAUGUGUCAGGAGAUGAGUGAAGAAGAGAUGAGGAAGUUUCUCGAACAAAAUAAAACGCAAAGUUCAUUGUCAAAGAUCAUCAAGACUGGAUUCUCAGCGCUCCAGCUUGAAUACUUUUUUACUGCAGGUCCUGAUGAAGUGCGAGCGUGGACCAUAAAGAAAGGGACGAAGGCACCUCAGGCUGCUGGUAAGAUCCACACAGAUUUCGAGAAGGGCUUCAUUAUGGCUGAAGUAAUGAAAUUUGAAGAUUUUAAAGAAGAGGGCUCUGAAUCCACUGUCAAGGCUGCUGGAAAAUACAGACAGCAAGGCAGAAAUUACAUCGUUGAAGAUGGAGACAUUAUCUUUUUCAAAUUCAAUACUCCACAACAGGCAAAAAAGAAAUGAAUUUAAAGUACAGCAGAAUUGUGGCAUAUGCAAUUGUGUCAUUGUGCCCAAGACAUUGCACAUAACCAGACUUGCAAAUAAAAAUACUUGAUUAUUCUGUUAUCUGGCUAUAUAAGGAGUAUAUUAAUUAAUACCUGGUAAAAUUUGACACAUGUCAGGAAUAUGCUCAUGCAUUGUUGCAUAUGCAUGGAUUCAUCUGUAUUUCUAAAAACAAGUGAACUAUUGAAUUUGUUAAUUUUUGGACACAUUUGACUGUAAAUCAUGAUUCAGACUUUCUAGGGGACAGAGCCUAUACUACCUUUAAUUGUAUCCUCAUGUUUGUUCUGGACUAAGAUAAUGUUACUCCAGUGAAAUGUAGGUUCACUAAAUGUCGACAGCUUUUAAUUUAAGAUUAAACCUCCACUCCAAAUUGGAACAUUUCGAGAACCACAUUACUCUCAUGAUACUUCAUUAAUCUCCAUCACUAGAUGCCAAACCUGACACAUUUGACAGAACAGACAAUGGCAUUUGUUCCUUUCUGAAUCUACAGAUAAUGCAUGUUUUACAGUACUCCAGAUGUUUACAGUCAAUAAAACAUUUGACAAAAACA